AUGGCCAAGACAGUCAUAGCAUUCGAUCUCUACGGGACCAUCCUGUCCACUGAGUCCAUCUCCCGAGAACUGGAGGGCUUCUAUGGCCCGGAAAAGGCCAAAGUGAUCGCCUCCCAGGCCAGGCGGUACCAGCUCGAGUAUACCUGGCGCAGCAACAGCAUGGGCAUGUACCGUCCAUUCGACGUACUCACCAGGUCCUCCUUCCACCACGCUGCCGCCGAGGCCGGUGUCAAGAUCUCCCCGGCGCAGGAGCAGGCCAUCAUGAAAGCCUACAACGGCCUCGACGCAUUUCCCGACGUGCAGACCGCCCUGGAACUCAUCUCCAAAUCUCAGACACUGGAGGCGUGGAUCUUCUCGAACGGCACCGAGUCCAUGAUCGCGUCGUCUGUCGAGACGUCGCGCGGCCUGGCCACUGCGUCAUCCCCCGACACGGUGAGCGCAGCGCGGAUCGUGAGCGUCGACCCUCUCGGCGUUUACAAGCCAAGCCCCAAGACAUAUCAGCAUAUGGUGGCGACGGUAAGCCGGCAGGAUGCUCCGGAGAAGGUGUGGCUGGUGAGCUCGAACCCGUUUGAUGCUCUCGGCGCCGUGGCGGCGGGCAUGUCGAGUGUGUGGGUUGAUAGGGGUGAGACGGGGUGGAUUGACGGGUUGAGCGAGGCGUUGGAUGUUCGGCCAACUGUUGUGGUUCAUGGAGUGGAUGAAGCAGUUGAGCAUAUCCUAAAGCAGGCCUGA